CUGAGGGACGCACGCGCGCGCACUUCCCUCAGCGGGCGGAGGGACGCACCCUCAGUCUCGCCUCGAGGGCUGAGCUCGCCCGCGCGCGCCCUCCCGCCUCUCCCUCGGCGGACCCCUAGCUGCCCGCGCCCGCCCGGGGGCCGCCGCCCCGAGUCUCGGGCAGACGCGCUCGCCCCCUCCCCUCCCUCCGGCGGCGCGCGCAGACGCCGGUGCGGGCACGCGCCCGCCAAGAUGGCAGGGGCCGGGGCCCAGCUGUCAGGCGCCGCCGCCGCCGCCCUUCCCCGCAGCUAGCGGCCCGGACGCCCGCCCCGAGAAGAUGAGCCCCCGCAGCCGCCCGCAGCCCAGCGAGACGCGGAGCCGCCGCGCCCGGGGCCGGCUCCCCCGCUAACGCCCCGCGCCGCGCCCCCGGCCCCGCGCGCCCGCCCCGGCAGCGACAAUGAGACUUGUCCUCUUCCAGAAUCCUCAUUCUCAGUGAGAUACACUCUGUGAUCCAAAAUAGAAACCUGGAGGCUUGAUGGAGUCAUUCAGUUCCUUCUCGCCACAUCCACGUGGACAGAUUACGUCAUCUUCACCGCCCAAAUACUAAUUGAGGUCAUUCUUAUGUAUGGUGUGAGUGAACAGAGUAUCUGCCAAGCCCGGGCUUCCGUGAUGGUCUACGAUGACACCAGUAAGAAAUGGGUACCAAUCAAACCUGGCCAGCAGGGAUUCAGCCGAAUCACCAUCUACCACAACACUGCUAGCAACACCUUCAGAGUGGUUGGAGUCAAGCUUCAGGAUCAGCAGGUUGUGAUCAAUUAUUCAAUCGUGAAAGGGCUGAAGUACAAUCAGGCAACACCAACCUUCCACCAGUGGCGAGAUGCCCGCCAGGUCUACGGCUUAAACUUUGCAAGUAAGGAAGAGGCAACCACGUUCUCCAAUGCCAUGCUGUUUGCCCUGAACAUCAUGAAUUCCCAAGAAGGAGGCCCCUCCGCCCAGCGUCAGGUGCAGAAUGGCCCCUCUCCUGAUGAGAUGGACAUCCAGAGAAGACAAGUGAUGGAGCAGCAGCAGCGUCAGGAAUCUCUCGAGAGAAGAACCUCAGCCACAGGACCCAUCCUCCCACCAGGGCACCCCUCAUCUGCAGCCAGCGCCCCCCUCUCAUGUAGCGGGCCUCCACCCCCACCCCCACCCCCUGUCCCGCCUCCACCCACAGGGGCCACCCCCCCUCCCCCACCCCCACUGCCAGCCGGAGGAGCCCAGGGUACCAGCCACGACGAGAGCUCUGUGUCAGGACUGGCCGCUGCCCUGGCUGGGGCCAAGCUGAGAAGAGUCCAGCGGCCAGAAGAUGCAUCUGGAGGCUCCAGUCCCAGCGGGACCUCCAAGUCUGACGCCAACCGGGCGAGCAGCGGGGGUGGAGGAGGAGGCCUCAUGGAAGAAAUGAACAAACUGCUGGCCAAGAGGAGAAAAGCAGCCUCCCAAACAGACAAGCCGGCUGAUAAAAAGGAAGACGAAAGCCAAACGGAAGAGCCGAGCACCUCUCCAUCUCCAGGGAGCCGAGCAGCCAGCCAGCCGCCUAACUCCUCAGAGGCUGGCCGGAAGCCCUGGGAGCGGAGCAACUCGGUGGAGAAACCCGUGUCCUCGUUACUGUCCAGAACCCCGUCUGUGGCAAAGAGCCCCGAAGCUAAGAGCCCCCUUCAGUCGCAGCCUCACUCUAGGAUGAAGCCGGCGGGGAGUGUGAAUGACAUGGCCCUAGAUGCCUUAGAUUUGGACCGGAUGAAACAGGAGAUCCUCGAGGAGGUGGUCCGAGAGCUUCACAAAGUAAAGGAGGAGAUCAUCGACGCAGAGAGAACUUGGUUCCUGUUUGUCCCGUCCCCCUACAGGCCCAGGCUGGGCAGAUAAGGAGUUAAUGAAUGAAGAGAGUGAGACAGCCGGAGCCAAAAAGGAGUCACAGAGGCCAACUAUUAACUCUGCUUUAUUGCUGGUGCCCCCACCUAGGAGGGCUGCCUGUGGCCAGAGCUGGUGUGGGGCCAGCAGCUCGGCUGCCCAGCCAGCCUGUCUGCCAAGGGAUGGAGGCAGUGGCGGGGGUGGGAAACAUGUCUCCGGGCCUCAGUGUCCCCUUAACCACAAAUGGAAGCUGCCUGGCGGGCAGGCGGCGGAGCGGGCCAU